AUGGCCAUCUUCGAAAUGGCGUCCUACUCAUCCCAGACCUCCCCACCAGAGCCAAUCGCUAUAGUGGGCAGCAGCUGCCGCUUCGCAGGCGGUGCCACCUCGCCUUCGAAGUUGUGGGACGUCCUGUGCCGCGCACCCGACUUGUCUCGCGAGGUUCCCGCUGGCAGAUUCAACGCCAAAGCCUUCUACCACGAGGACGGCGAAUACCAUGGUACGACCAAUUCCAUCAAAGCGUACUGGCUGGACCAGGACCACCGUGUCUUUGAUGCCGGUUUCUUCAACAUCACCCCGAAGGAGGCUGAAGCCAUGGACCCACAACAACGCUUCCUCCUGGAGGUCGUGUACGAGGCCAUGGAGUCGGCCGGCUUCACUCUGAGUCGGUACAACGGCAAAGACGUGGGCAUGUACUGCGGAUGCAUGACGGGCGACUACGACACCCUCUCGCAGCGCGACGAGCUCGCGACCAGCCAGUAUUACGCCACAGGCAACAGCCGCGCCAUCCUCUCGAACCGGAUAUCAUACUUCUUCAACUUCCAAGGCCCUUCCAUGACCAUCGACACGGCAUGCAGCUCGAGUCUCGUGGCGCUGCACCAAGCGGUGCUGGCCCUCCGCUCAGGAGAAUGCAGCAUGGCCUGUGUUACCGGCGUCAACUUGAUGAUCACCCCUGAGCAGUUCAUCGUGGAGUCAACCCUGCACAUGCUGAGCCCUACCGGGAAGUGCCACAUGUGGGAUGCCGGUGCAGACGGCUACGCGCGCGGUGAAGGCUGCGCGGCUCUGUUUCUCAAGCCGCUUUCCCGCGCACUGGCCGACGGAGACGAGAUUGAAGCCAUCAUCCGCGAAGUGGGUGUCAACUCGGACGGCCGUACAAGAGGUAUCACGAUGCCCAACCCCGUCGCCCAGGCCACCCUGAUCCGGAACACGUACCACAGGGCCGGACUGGAUCCUCAGAACCCCGUAGACCAUUGUCAGUACUUCGAAGCACACGGCACAGGAACUUCUGCAGGCGACCCCCGAGAAGCACGAGCCAUCUCCGAGGCUUUCUUUGGUACCAAAUCCAACCUCGGUGAGCCUGAGAACCAUACAGACGCGUCCGGCAAGAUGCUUGUCGGGUCUGUCAAAACCGUGAUUGGGCACACCGAGGGUGCCGCUGGCUUGGCUGGACUGCUCAAGUCGGUUCAGGGGCUGAAGCACGGCUUAAUCCCCCCUAACCUCCACCUCACCACGCUAAGUCAGAGCGUAAAGCCGUUCUACGGCAAUCUUCAUAUUCCGACCACUAUUGUGCCCUGGCCGGAGCCUCCGGAAGGCCAUCCACGCAGGGCCAGCGUCAACUCGUUCGGGUUUGGCGGGACGAAUGCCCAUGCCAUUAUCGAGGCCUACGUUCCCCAUAUCCACAACCAGCUCGUCCAGUACCAGCGUCCGGCCCCAACAAUCCAGCCGCUUCUCGAAGAGGCUGCGCGAAAUCCGUUCUUCCUACCCCUUCUCGUCUCAGCAUCCUCCCAGAAGUCGUUGUAUGAACUGGUUGGUUCUCUCAAGAAAUAUGUUCAACGAAAUCAGGUUGGCUAUCAGAAGCUGGCCCGGUAUCUUUAUUCCCGCAGAAGCGCCCUUCAGUACCGAGUGGCAGUCUCUGCGGCGUCUAUCUCACAGGCUCUGGAGGCGCUGGACGCCCUUCUUCGAGCAUCGACGACCCCUAAUGAAAUAGGAAUGAGAUCAAAAACCAUGACGGCACCCGCUCGAAUCCUUGGUAUUUUCACCGGCCAAGGUGCACAGUGGCCCACCAUGUCGAGAUCGCUGUUCCGUACCAACGCAGUCUAUCGCCAAACGAUACGGAGCCUUGAUGACACCCUACGGGCCUGUCCUCAUCCUCCCGCCUGGACCCUGGAGGGACGAAUCAUGACCGAGGGGACCGAAGCCAGGAUGGACGAGGCCGUUAUAUCGCAGCCUGUUUCUACUGCUUUGCAACUCGGACUAGUCGACGUCAUGAAAAGUCUGCGCAUCGAGUUCCAUACCGUCGUUGGACAUUCGUCAGGCGAGAUUGCUGCGGCGUACGCCGCGGGAAGGCUGUCUGCAAGAGAUGCCAUUCUGAUUUCCUACUAUCGCGGCAUGUUUGCAUAUCUUGCUGGAGGUUCCGAAGGCCAAAAGGGCGGCAUGCUUGCGGCUGGAAUGUCAGAGAGUGAGGCCCUUGGCUUUUGUCGGGAUUCUAUGUUCGAUGGGCGAAUCUGCGUUGCUGCCAGCAAUGCUCCCUCCAGUGUCACGCUCUCGGGCGACCUGGACAUGAUACAUCUGGCGAAGGACAAGCUGGCUUCGCACAACAAGUUUGCGCGGCUGCUGCUCGUCGACACGGCAUAUCACUCGCCGCACAUGACGAAACCCGCCGAGGAAUAUGUCAAGGCCCUGCAACAAUGUGGUAUUUCGCCAACCGCCGAAGGCAAUGGGCCGACUGUUCGGGUUUCGAGUGUUCACGGCUUCACUAGAACUGGAGAGCAGGACCUCGGUGCCGGCUACUGGAGAGACAACAUGGUCAAUGCCGUGCAAUUCCAUGAAGCGUUGAACCAUGCGUUGUCGGAAUCUGGCCCCUUCGAUCUUGCCGUCGAGAUAGGGCCACAUUCUGCUCUCAAGGGCCCUGUCGCUCAGACUGCUAAGGGACUUGGGAACGACAUCCCCUACUGCAGUCCUUUGGACCGGAUGAAAGACGACAGCCUGGCGUUUUCGGACUUCCUCGGUUUCGUAUGGACGCAUUUGGGACCCCUAGGCGCUGGCUUGUGCAACUACAUUGAUCAGUCUCUCGUGUCCGACGCUGGUCAAUUUCAUCCCAAGGACCUGCCGACGUACCCAUUCGACCACUCAACCAUUCACUAUCGAGAGUCGCGGCCCUCUCGCCAGUACCAUUUCAGGAACUCCGCACCCCACGAGCUACUUGGCGUACGCACUCGGGACGACAACGAGCAUGAGAUGAGAUGGCGCAACGUCCUCAAACUGGACAAGAUCCCUUGGCUAGAGCACCACAGCUUCCAGGAUCAAGCCCUGCUGCCAGCUUCCGCAUACUGCGUCAUGGCACUUGAUGCUGCCCGAUACCUCCUCGAUGGAAGAUCAGCCUCGCUGGUUGAAAUCUCGCAGCUGCAAAUCAUGAGUGGUAUCAGCAUCGACCGUGACUCGUCGGGCACCGAGACACUGUUCUCCCUCCAGGUACUUUCCUGGCCCCAGCGCACGAAGUUGGGCUCAACCAUUGAGGCCUCUUUCAGCUUGACUUCGUGUCCUGCUGAUGGAACUACGCAUAUGAAGAAGGAUGCGACAGGAAUGCUGACGAUCGUUCUGGGUGACCCUUCCCCGGGCGCAUUGCCGCCGAGACGACCUUCCCAGUCAGAGAUGCUGCCCGCCAGACCGGAGGCAUUCUACAAGAUGAUGGACGAAACCGGACUCGUGUAUUCAGGACCAUACCGAGCCCUGACGUCGAUCCGCCGACGGCACGAUCAUUGUUCUGCAGGUCUCAAACGGCGCCACCCCGAAGACACCACCGCCUUGCAAGUAAGCCCGGCAACUCUUGACAGCUGUUUUCAGUCCGCUUUCCUGUCGUACGCAUCGCCUGGCGAUAAGUCUCUCUGGACGUCGUUCCUCCCCGUGUUUAUUGAGCGUGUGCAGUUCAACCUGGCUUCGCUUGGCCAGGAAUACGGGCCCGACCAGGAUGGCAUGCUCGUCGUUGACACACACAUGACGCAUUGCAAGCGGGCCACGCCAGAGUCCAAAGCCGAGUUCGUCGUUGACAUCGGUAUCUUCAACGAGACUGGAACAGCAGAGGUGCAGGUCGAAGGGCUUGCUGUUUGUGCUUUGGCCGAUACCCAGGCCAAUGAUGACUACGAGCUGUACCUGCAUACUGUCGUGGAUAUCGACCCGACUGAUGAGAUAGUACACGCCAAUCUCGAUGGUACCGCAACAGAUAACUCGUCGAUCAUGGACGAGUGUUGUCGAGUGGCCUCCUUUUUCAUCCGAGGUCAUUCCAACUCGUCCGAACUAGGUAUGAAUGGCUUAGACAAGGUCAUCGAGAGCUGGACGUCCGAUACCAGAGAGCACAUUGACGAGUUGGUCGCCUACUCGAGCAACCGCCACUACCUGGAUCCAAUCCGAAAGCUGGGUGAGAGCAACCCACACCAGUUGUCUACCAGUCUCCCUUCGGUCAUCGAGGAAGCGACUCAAGUCUUCAGCUUUCACCAGCACAUUGCUCGGAUCGUGAAGCAGGUAGCUCAUCGGGAUCCCCGGAUGAACAUUCUCUGUCUCACGGCCUCGGACCCUGGGGUCACAGAGUAUGUUCUCGCUGCCCAGGAUUUGUCAUUUCAGUCCUUCAUCAUCGGCGCUGAGACGGAGCAGAGUGAUGGUGGCCAUGUUCGACCUUCAGGCGCACCACGGAACAAGGUCAAAACGCUGUCGCUGAAUCUCCAACGGGAUCUCAAGGUCCAACUCGGGACCGACAGCCUCCAGGACCUCGUGCUGCUAUCGACCUCGUUCUUGGAGAAUGACGAGCCAGUGGGCAUUCUGAAGAGAAUCCGUGCUAUAAUGAGACCCGGAGGCUUCCUAAUUAUUGUGCACACCUCUGGCGCUUCCACGACAGGUCGCAAGGCAAGCGUCACUCAUCCGGACGACAUCCAGUCGCCCCCAGAGUGGCCUGAUCUUCUAUAUUGCUGUGGUUUUGAACAGAAUGCGAGAAAUUCGGAUCAGUUUCAUCACCCUGGCUGCUUCGUCAUGGUCCGACAGCUCGACCAGACUUCGACUUUGCAGCCACUCCAUGGCAAGGCGACCGAAAACCUGCUUAUCCUUGGCGAUGCAGGCGUGAGCAGACUGACUGCCCAUUUGAAGGAGCAACUUGCGCCUUUCUGCCACCAGAGUCUCGCAAGUUCGCUCGACGCCAUCGACGCAAAGGACCUGGCAGAUUGCACAGCUGCCAUCGUACUGGCUGACCUCCAUGAGCCUCUGAUGUCCACCAUGACAGAGCAUAGACUCGGCCAGCUCCGAGCGCUCCUACGACCCAACAUGACAGUGCUCUGGCUUACUUGCGAUGCGCGGGACGGGAACCCAGGACACGCGGCUACCUUUGGCUUUCUGCGCACAGUCACAGCGGAGGUUCCCAACCUCAGACUCCAGAUUCUUGACUUGGAGCAUGUCGAGUCCUCGGAACAGUUGAUUGCCACCACGUUCAUCCGCCUGGCCAGGGCGAAGGAGGUCGAGUCCGUGGAGCUGCCGUGGACGCAUGAGCCAGAGAUCCAUAUCAAGGAUGGGCGACGCUUGAUUCCUCGUGUUGUCCCCCUGAAGCAGGCAAACGACAGAAUCAACGCCAUGCGACGUGUCGUCUCCAGAAAAGUCAACACUCUCCAAGAGGUUGUCAAGCUGUGCCCGCACCAAACGCUCGACGGCUCGCUUGCAUACAGGGUUCAAUCCAAGGCAUGCAACCCGCUUCCAGGACAGGAUUGGAUCCAAGUCGAUUACAGCUCCGCCGAACCGGUCAAGCUCGACGUCGAUGCAUCAGCCUAUGUCUGUGUUGGUCGUCACCAAAAGACUGGAAACCGAGUGGUCGCAAUGUCAGAGAUCAACUCUUCGUACAUUUCAUGUGUCCCUUCGUUAACGUUCCCUCUGCGGGAAGCGGACACGAGAGCCGAUCUGGGUGUGGUCCACUUCCUCAUGAGGUACUUGACGGCUAUGGCGAGUACGUGGCGGACCCUAGGUCAACAAUUCGUGCUUGUCGGUGCGGACGUCGGAUUCGCGGAGUGUCUCACGGAGAUCGCGUCCCUGUUGGGUGGCCAGGUUGCCUCGUACAGCACCACCGAGGACGGCAAACACGACACCAACACCACGGGAUCAAGGGCCCUUCACCCACGCUCGACGAACAGAGAAAUCAGAAGCAUCUUUCCGGUGGGAGGAGGCACCGUUCUCAACUUCUUGCCAAAGGGCCAUGAGCUGUCGCAGAGAAUGCGUGACCUGCUCCCUGGUAAUUGCAGAUACCACACGCGCUCCUCACUUUUCAGCUCGGAGCAACUGGUGGAGCCUUACGACAUCCCAGCUGUCCAAACGACCUGCGAGGAUGCGAUCGCCAUGGCCAAGCAGAAGGUCUCGAUGACUCUGAAGCAUAGCGGCGAUACGUUCAGCACCGUCCCUCUGCAUGAGCUGCAAUCACGACCGCAGCACUGGCCAUUCCAGAUUGUGGAUUGGAGAACCGACCGAAACGCCGUGCAGACCAUCGACUAUCUCGCCGAGAAGCAGCUCUUCAGUCCGCGCAAGACAUACUUGAUGAUUGGACUGACGCGCGACCUCGGCCAGAGCAUCUGCCGGCUUUUGGUCGAGCACGGCGCCAGACAUAUCGUAUUGGCCAGCCGCAACCCGAACACCUCACCCAAGUGGCCUGAAGAGCUCAUGCAGUCGCACGGUGCCAAGAUCACGGUGGAGCGAGUUGACGUGACGAGCCUCGACAGCGUCCUCGCGUUGAAGACCAAGCUGGCCGUGUCGAUGCCUCCCGUCGCAGGCGUGAUCAACGGUGCCAUGGUGCUGGAGGAUCGCGUAUUCGUACAGAUGACCAUAGAGACCUGGAACCGUUGCAUGCUGCCCAAGACAGAUGGGUCCAAGAACCUGGACACGGCGUUUGCAGAGACGGACCUCGAGUUCUUCAUCAUGACGUCGUCGUUCGCAGCCAUCGGCGGACACCCCGGCCAGUCAAACUACGCGGCCGCCAACAUGUACAUGAACGGUCUUGCGGCGAACCGACGUCGGCGUGGUCUCGCGGGCUCCGUCCUCAACAUCGGCGUCAUCUACGGGCUCGGUUUUCUGCAACGCGAGAAGGACCACCUGUACAGAGGGCUGGAGCGCGAGGGCUACCCGCCCAUCUCCGAGCGGGACAUCCACCACAUGAUCGUCGAGGCAGUCGUAGCAGGGCGGCCCGAUUCGCCCGGUCAACCCUUCGACAUCACGACCGGACUGAGCAGGUUCAAGCCCGGGACCCCCAAUCCGCUGCACUGGCACCUGGACCCUCGAUUCGGCCACUUCACGGUCCGGGACGACGCAGAUGAUACAACCGGUGGUGUGGCGGAGGCGCGCAAGAGUCUCAAGGAGGAACUAGUAAUUCUGAACGAGGCGGGCGCCAUGGCCGAAACGAUACUGGCGGCAUUCGCAGAGCGGCUCGAGACGCUGCUGCAGCUACCGAAGGGUGGUAUCAGUAAAGAAGAGGGGAUGGCCGAGCUCGGCGUCGACUCACUGGUCGCGGUCGAGGUCCGCAACUGGAUCUGGAAGACGGUCGGCAAAGACAUCUCGGUACUGAAGGUCCUUGGGGCUAGCAGUAUCUUCAAGCUGUGUCUGGAGUUGUCAGAGCAGAUCCUCGCCGAGCGCAUUGUAGCUGAUGCAAAGCUGGCUGGUUGA